AUAUUAUAUCAGUAUGAUAUAUUAUGUAAAACGUUUUGUGUUAUAAGCUACAAAUGGACAAACUAAAUACGAUACUGCUCAUGAAAAGAAGGGAAAAUUGGGACCUUUUUGUUACUACUCAAUAUAAUUCAACCCAAACUGGGCCUGAAUAUUUUAUAUCCCUCAAAUUGAAAUAAGAUGUGUAAAAUUAAAUCAUUAACUAUUACUACACAAUAUAUUUGUGGCUUUGAGUGUGAAUUCUGUGCGGUGAAACUUAUUUUUUUUUCAAGAAAUUUUAAGAUGUACUGAUGAAUUUGUAAGAUCGGCUUGGAUGUACUGCAAAACUAUUAAUAAUAUAGCAAUCAUAUAUUGUCAUUUAUGGUAUUUAUACAUUGAUAUUUUGCUAAAUUACAUAGUCGUGAUUCUCGGCACCAGUGUGAAGUGUGCACCAGUACCAGUGGUAGUACACGAAAGAACCACUGAAUUAAAAAUACAAAUCAAAUGUACACUUCAAACAGCCAAUACAAUCAAACAUUGGCAUGAAGUUGUUGUUUUUUGUUUUUUUUUGCAUGUGCAAUACAUUUUAAUUGAAUCAUAUUGAAGUUGUUUUUUGUAUUUAAGUACAGUGUUAAUGGUCAAACUGUGCAUAAUGUCACAGCGAUUUACAAUAAAUUAUAUAGUAAAUACGUUGUAGGAAUAAAACCUCGGCAUUGUUUUUAUGAACAUUUAGGCCUACUGCGUUACUCUAUAGUGUUUCAAUGUUGGUCAUUAUGGUGGUGCUUGGAGAGCUAUGUAUUUGUUGAGGUCGAACUUGGUGUAAAAAGUUUGAGAACCACUUAUAUACAGUAUUACACACAUGUACUAUAUAGUUCUAAUUUGGGAAAUGAAUGGAACGCUGCUAUAACUAUAAACUACACGUUUAUUGGGACUACAUAAUGACGUCACAUAAGUGCGUCUGCUGUUUGAAAAGGACCUCAGCGAUGCACGCGGGUUGGACGGUCGUAGGUUUAGGCAAAUUAACUCCACAUUUGUCAUUUUUACUUCGCGUUGAAGCAACAAGACGUUUAGUGAACAAAACUUUAUACGUUCUGUACAGUUCUGUGCUAUGUAAUUUCCGUAAAAGCGCUCUUUCAUGUCGUAAUAGCCAUUCAGGUGACAAAUUGUUACCCGGUGACUGGCCACGGAAGAAACGGCAACUUAACGUCAUAAUUCGUAGUGUGUACUCCAUGGAGCAGGUGGAAGAAGGCAGCCCGGUGUCUGCGGGGGGAAUCGCGGUGGAAGACUCCAAAGUAGCCGGCAAACGUAAAAGCGACGAGGCGAGCGGCGGGGGCAAAAGGCGGAGAGGAGCCCGAGGAAAGAAGCUCCGUCCCGGGGAGAGAUACGUGCCUCCUCCGCAGAAGCGGAACCCGGGUGUCAGUUUCAGCCGGGAGCAUUUCGAGGAGACCUCGUACUACUUCGAGGACGGCCUGCGCAAAGUGCACCCGUAUUACUUUGACUUCAAGACCUACUGCAAAGGUCGCUGGGUAGGGAAGAGCCUUUUGGAAGUGUUUGAGAGUGAGUUCCGAGCAGAGUCCAUAGAGUAUUACCAGAGCGCUGUCAAAGAGGGUCGCAUCCGCUUGAAUGAGACCCCCGUGGAGGACCUGUCUGUAGUACUAAAGAACAAUGACCACAUGAAGAAUACCGUUCACCGUCAUGAGCCCCCUGUAGUUGGCAAGCCCCUGGAGGUCCUGGUGGAUGACGGUGAAGUCCUUGUGGUUGACAAGCCCGCCUCCAUACCGGUCCACCCGUGCGGCCGUUUCCGACACAACACAGUGAUUUUCAUCCUCGGCAAAGAGCGCGGCAUUUCGGAGCUGCACACGGUCCACAGAUUGGACCGACUCACCUCGGGAGUGCUGCUCUUUGCUAGGACUCUGGAGGUCUCGAAGAAACUGGAUCAGCUAGUGAGAGACAGGAAGCUUGAAAAGGAGUACGUGUGCCGAGUGGAAGGUGAGUUUCCAGAUGGUGAGUUGGUCUGCGAGGAGCCCAUCCUGGUGGUGUCCUUUAAAAUCGGGCUCUGCCGCGUCGACCCGAAGGGGAAGGAGUGUCGGACGGUAUUCCAAAGACUUAGCUUUAAUGGCAAGAACAGCGUGGUGCGCUGUUUGCCCCUUACUGGCCGCACCCAUCAGAUCAGGGUGCACCUCCAGUACCUAGGCUUCCCCAUCCUCAACGAUCCAAUCUACGGCGCCUCCGCCUGGGGUCCUCACAAGGGUAAGGGGGGUUUAGUGGGAAAGAGUGACGAGGAGCUCCUCAAAGCUCUGGUGGAGGAACAUCAGGGCCAGCAGAACCUCCACCUGCUGGAUGUAUCUGACAACGGGAGCAUGUUAUCGCAAGAUGGACGGAAGGAUAAUAAACUGGAAGAUGGAUCUUGUAAAGCUGAGAAGAGUGGAGAAAUUAUACUACAGGCCACCGCAAAGGAGGCGGAAAGUUCUUCAGACGUUAAGAGUGACAAAACCUUACCCAAAGAAUCUCAAGACCCUCUUCCGGAUAAAUCACAUAAAGCCCGAAUGCAGACGCCAGCAGACCCCCUGUGUAGUGAGUGCAAACUUGUAAGAGCUGACCCUACUGAAAAAGAACUCAUCAUGUACCUACACGCCUUGCGCUACAAAGGACCAGACUUUGAAUAUUCUACACAGUUACCUGACUGGGCUAAAGAUGAUUGGUUGGAAAUAGACUGACACAAGAUCAAUACGUAAGGUGUCUUUAAAAUUGCUUUCCACAUUAAACUGAUUUAUCAGUGAUAAAUAUAUAUAAUUUUUUUUUUGGGGGGGGGGUGACUAGGGAGAAAAUAUGGAAACGUACAUUGCUUUUACAAGAAUUAUAGUUGUAUGUGAUGCCAUCCUUUCAGAUAGUCUUGCUGUCCUUUAACAACCAUAUUUGUUCCUAUUUUCUUUUUAAUGGAAUUAUUUUCUUUGCAAAAGUAAAUGCAUACAAGUCAUAACACAUAAUGCAAUUAAACUGUUUUACAGCAGUAUUUUAAAAGAACACCUUCUAAACAACGAUUUUUAGACAGCUGCGUAAAUACUACCAGGUGCCUUUGAGACAGUCCCAUUUCACAUUUAAAAAAAACAAAACAAAUAAUAAUAAGUUGAGAUUUUUCAUUUAACUUUAUAUUCAUUGUAUAUUGUAAGUAAAUGUUACGUUCUUAGAAAUGCAUACUGGUAAAGCACCUAUAUUUUAUUUUAAUAAAUUAGCAGCAAGCAGACAAUGUACACGCAAACAGAAAAGUAUGUUAGCUUGCUGGCAGGGUUGACACUUUCAUGUAGUGUUAGCAUUUAAUGAGCACAAUGGUGGACCUACACUUAGCAAGAGACUUAUCAUUGUACUGGUAUGUGUGGAAAUGUGUGCCACUUAUAAUAAGACUUUAGAGUUGCAUUAUUCUGCUACAUUUUCAUGAUAACUGGGUGAGUCCUAUGAGGGCACCAAAGGCACUUUAUAGUGAUAUUGACGCAACUUUAACACCAGAAAUGUUUCGGGCGUCUUUUGUGGAAUGUCUGAUUGGAUGCGUCUAAAUGGAAAUGGUUUCCUAUGACAAACAAAUAUGAUACAGGACACACAAGUCGUUCUUGUUACCAGCUUGUAACAAUGUGUAUCAAGAUCAAAUGAACUGUUCGCAAUUUACAUUUUGCACACCAUAUUUCAUUUUUUUUAAUGGCUAAUUUAGCCACCCAGUUUUGAUGAGCUAAAAUAUACCUCUAUUUCAUGUUCUUUAAAAUAUUGCAUUCAUUAUCCAAGGUUGUUGACACUCGAUUACUUAAAACAAGCAUGCACGACCAGCUCCUGUCUUCACAGUCAGCCAGUGUCGAUGCUGAUUAAAAACACGGCAUUAACAAGGUUUUCAGUGGUUGUUUAGCGACACACUUAACAGUACAUGCUACAGAAUCUUAUAGUCAUAAUGAAUCCUGAAAGUGGACUUAAUCGGACAGUGGGGAGAGAAUGAGUUUGUCUUUCCUUUAAUGCUUUUAAUUUAAGGAUGCGAAAUCGCAAAUUAGCUUUCAACAAGAUAGCAAAUAAAAGUCAGUCUGCAGUAAAAUGUUUAAUUUCAGCUGACUGGAAAAAUGUAACUAGAGUCCUGUAAACGAAGAAAGUGACCUUAUUUUUUUUCUUCUCUUCAAAAGCCUGCAAUAAAUGAUUCUACGACAAGUGUG